AUGAAGGACUCGUAUCAGAUGCCAUAUUAUUUUGAAUUCUCAAAAACAUUUGAUCGGGGCCACACGUCACGCUGCUCCACAAACUUGAUUCCUACGGUGUUCAAGGGAAAAUAUGUGUACUAUAUCAAGGCAUUCCUAUCAGACAGAAAAUCUCCAGUAAGAGAAGGCUUGACCUACUCUCCAUUCUCUUCACAUUGUGAUAAACAGGAACAAGCACGCUUCAUCAACGUCCGACAAGGCGGGAAACGGAACUGUCCCAGUGACAAUCACUUGGCGGCCUCACAGCUGUCGGCCCUAACGAUCGGUGUAUUGGACAAUCUGUUUGAUUCCUACGCACCUAUAAAUGUGGAGGAAUAUGAGCCUUCGGGGAAUUUGGAGACCUGUUUCAACUUCACCACCUACGCACACACAUCAGGCGCCGAAAAGCAAGCAAAUAAGCGAUCAAACAAGGACAGCGAGUUCAUGAGCUAUGAUUACAAGUGUCCUAAAUGCUCGAAAGGAUUUCAUUUCCGCAGCCGGCUUACUCAGCACCUUGUAACGCAUUCGGACCUGAAGAAAUACAAAUGUGAUUUCUGUGCGUCGCAUUUCAAGUUACCCGAAGGUCGCAAGGUUCACAUGAUAGAGCAUCACUGGGAGCUGAUGGCGGCCAAUGGGAACACCGACGAACGUGUGUCUCCGCAACAGUGCACAGAUAAUCAAGAAUACUUUGCGCAGAUCAGCAACGUGGAGAAGUCAGGAGCGUCGAAGAAAUCCGCACUGAUACGGACUCCUGGUUUCAAUCAUAUGUGUGCCUACUGUGAUCGCUUCUUCCGCACCCCUUUCAGUUUGAAGAUCACGCUCGUUGGAUGUGUCGGCAGCCUGGAAGAUGCUGGAGAAUUCGCCGAACUAAGUGGAAUAACACCAGAUGUUUACCGCAGUCAGUUUCUUGCAUGUAAAUUCUUUCGACAGUCGGGCCCACAGUAUCCGUCUUGUCGUCUGGAGGUCUACUUGUAA